AUGAGCGCGUUGUCCAAUAGCGCAGUCUUUGAAAUGAAUCCAUACGAAGGUCAUCCCAAUCUCUCCGAACUGGAAGCAGAAGUCCUAUGGCAGUACGCAAAGCUGGCUCAGAACAUCAAAGAGCUGGUGGCAGAAACACAUCGAUUGAGUGAAGCUCCUGAUGAGAAUCUACUCAAACAACUGCGGGCAUUAGAGAUGAAAAUGGGCUUGGUUCUUACCUUGUUCAAAGCCUCCGUUUGGGCUGUUAUCAAUGAGCAGCCGGCUAUAGACAUUUCUGAAGCAUAUGCUGACACCACCGCGGACCAGACUGCGAUGCCGUGA